UUCGCCAUCUUUGACAGCCCGACAAUGGCGGAACAGUAAUGUGAUAUUUAUGGAUACAUGUGAGCCUUAAGCGAUGUAGUGACCGAUGAAGUGUAUGUCAUGCAGACGAAGGAUUACACUAACUUGAGGUUUGACUUGGAAAAGAACCGGGUCACAUUUUUGUUAUUCGAUUUUAUUCAUGUCCCUAGAUUAGAUGGCUGGUAAAGUAGCCAAGGUUCAUGUAGCCAAGUUUUCAGUCCAUGAAUUUAAUGCAUCGUACCUAGAUACAAAUACGCCGGGGCUGUGGAAUAUGGAACAAAAUGAGGUUCUCGAUCAGCUAAGUGAUGAGAGCUUCAAUAGACGUGUUGAGAUUUUGGAACAGUUGUUAAUUACCGUUAGGAGAAAUGGGGGACGUUUACCGUACACUGACACUCUUGCCAUAUUCAACGGCCUUUCCUUGGCCCUUUCGGACUCAAAUUGGGACGUUAGACUUAAGUGUAUACAGCUUAUUAAUGAAGUCAUUCCCCAGUUCGGAGAUGACUUGGACAGUUGCAUGUCACGCAUAUUGGGAAAACUUAUACCAAACAUUGGGGAGAGUAAGAUAACUGUCAGACGAGCUGUUAUUCAGACUCUGCAUGUUUAUAUGAAACACACCAAUAAAGUGCAAGGCCUUCUACGAGCAAUUGUUCAACAUGGGUUAGAAAACACAGAUCCAAGGGUGAUUAAAGAAACUGUGGUGGCAUUACCCAUGCUUUUCACACCAGACUUUAAACGUGAAAACUUCUAUGACAUUACCCAAUCUCUGGCAAAAAAGUUGCUUGAUAAUGCAACUGUUGGAGAUAACCUCAGGGAUUGUGCAUUAAUGACUAUGGAAAAGAUAAAGAAUCUAGUUGGGGAGAAAGAGUUUGUGAUUUACAUACAAAAACUGUCAACACCUCUGAAACGGUACUAUUGUCAAUUGACAGGAAUGGACAUUGAUUCAGAUCCGAUUCUGUCCCAAGCUCCUACUCCAAGAAACUCCAAGCAACAUGCAUUUUCAAAACCUUCAAAACCAGACAAUGGAAAUCAACCAAAUAUUGUGCGACAGCAAAUUUACGAAACAUAUGAGUUUGGAAUUAUUCCUAGUCAUGUUAUGAAAUUGAUAAAUGACCAAGAGAAUUUCAAGCUAAGAGCACAAGGUGUCGAAGAACUGAAGUCAAUAGUGAGAGAAUUGCAAAGUAGUGAUGUGACAGGAAACCUUCAUCCACACAUGAUGCCUUUCAUUAGCUUUUUAAACAAUCUCAUGGAUGAUUCGAAUUUCAAGAUAACAACUGUCACUUUAGAAAUACUGAAUUCUCUGGUGGAAAAAUUGGGGACAAAUGUUAAACAGUUUCUGCGGCCUCUUUCAAACAUAUUAGCAAAACGCAUGGGGGAUAACAAGAUAGUUGUUCGCCAAGCUGUGAUGAGGGUUGCAACCAAGAUGAUGCAAAGUUAUCAAGCAAAACCAGUACUGGCAGUAUUAUGUGAAAAUUUACAACACAGGAACUCUCGCAUUAGACAAGAAACAUUAAACAUUGUCAUAGCAGCACUAUUAACUUUUCCUAGUUAUGAUUUUGAUUUGCCCAAGAUUUGUCAAGUUGUGGCCCCAGUGUUAACAGAUAGUAAGCGUCAAGUUCGUCAAGCUGCACUUGAGUGUUUAGCUGUGAUUGCACAAGCAAUGGGACUAGGUAAGCUGCAACCUCUUGUGCAUGCUGUAGAUGGUGUAGAACUUAGUUCUGAGGGGGAGGGGGUUAUGACAGCUGUUCAGGCAAGACUUGCAAGACGUCAACUUCCUAAAUUGAAUUCUGAUGGUCUUGUUGAGUAUGCCACUCCUAUCCCCUCCUCAGCCUCUUCCCGAACACCUGUUCAAUCUCUUGGUGCUGAUCUAGACUGGAUAAUGGCUGUAGGCAGUACUGGGUCUGCACGCCAGAUAUCACGAUCUGAUACAAUGGAGGUGGAAUCUGUGACAUCUUCAUCUGCACGUUCAACUCCAGCAGUUAUUGAGGCAGGGACACCAGCAACCAGUCGACGGUUCAUGAGUGCUGGCAGAGGCAGAAAUAAAUUACCGUGGGAAGAAGACGAAGGGCAUCGACAGAAUGAUGGUCCACCAAAACCACGAAACACAUCCUGGUCUGUGGAUGAUACGGGGGUUGAUGGCAACGAUAACCACGGCAAUGUACCAAUGCCGAAACGUGUACCAAAAAGGCGAAUUACAGUGGUCGGGCUGAAUACGGCAGAGGAAGCAGCCCAACAGGAAUCAAAUUCCUAUUCUCAAAUGCACUUGAAUAAACUCAAGAAAAACCAGGGAAAUCAAGGAAAAUUGAAUGCCAGCCCAAGUUCAGGAUAUGACCAUUCAGAUUUUGAGAGAGAACAACCACCACCAGUACCUGAGAAGGUUAAAUCAAGUACAGUAAAAAGACCUCCCAGCCCAAGUGUCCCAAAAGCUUCCAAUGACGAGUCUCCCAUCCCCCUCAAACCUACCUUGGCCCGUUCUGCAACAAAGCGCAGUACCAAAAAGGUGCCACCAAUAUCAACUGCUCAGUCAGAUAAAUUUUCCUCGAUCCACAAGGAAGAUGAUACUGAUAGUGCAUAUGCAGCUUCCUUGGAGAGCAACAUGGAAAAGGAGUCACAUCAAGAGAUGAUGAAAUACCUCAACAGUAUCCGCAAUGGUUCCAAGAUGAUGAAGUCAUUGCAAGGAAUCCGAAGCAGUGCCCACAAGAAGAAGGAAAAGGUUGUGCUGGAGAAGAACUCCAGCCAGCAGAGCUUGACGUCAAGAUCUCCCUCACCCGACUUUCAUGAGAGUGGGAUAUGGAGCACGUCAUCACGAGAUAACGAUUCAGACGCUAGCUCUCUUUCUAACCGCAGUAAGAAGAGCAAAAAGGUGGAUUCUCCAUUUGAGUCAAGGCCAAAGUUAGCGAGAUCAGAGGUAGACUUGAGGAAAAGCAGCAGCAAUAGUCGUGAUGAUUAUGGAUCGGACAUCCCGGACUCCAGUAGUAGUAGCAGUACUUUACACAUAGACUACAACCCUGUCAGUGGAGUGACCUUCAGGGAAAACCGUAAUUCGGACGUCCAGGUGGUUGGACGGGGUUACAGUGAUGACACGACAGCCGAGUCAAAGGCCACCGCUGCAGCUGUGAAUAAGGCACGACGACGCACUCAGAAAGGACCGUUAUUGUCUCCUCUGGGCGUGGCUUCGUCCAACAGUCUCGGCUCUGUGGAGCUGGAUGAUGACCAAGCCCCUGCCAAGGACGGAAACAUUGGUGUCAGAGUGGUGGGCAGGGGAAUGUUCGACUCCAGUAAUGGAACUGACCAUGCCGUAACUGCUGGUAACUCCCAGUCUCAGGACCGGUAUGACAACAAGUCCAUGAAGUCUGACCGCCGAGACAUGCCCAAUGCUGUUGUGGGGAUUAGCAUGAACAGGCAGGGCUCCAGUGAUGACCCUUACAUGGAUGACAACAUUUACAUUACAGAGGAUCCCAACAAAUCUAUGAGUAAAGCCAUGAGAGACAGAAUAAUGCAGGCUCAAAAACAAAAGGAGGAGGAACUGGAGAGGGAACGUAGAGAGAGAGAAAAGAAGAAACAAGAGCAUGAAGAGAAGAUGAGAAAAGAGCGAGAGAGGCAACAAGAGAAGCUUCGGCGCUUGAAUACCAGUGAAAGUUUAGGUAUAGAGUCAUUAUCAAUAUCUGGUUCCAAUACGCCCAAAACGAAAACAUCACCAGCUUUCUCACCACGUAAAAGAACGAAACCACAAGUCAAUGGAACAUCUAGUCACCCUGUAUCAGCAUCUUCGUCCCGCUCUCCUUUAGAGUCAGACAAUCCGGAUGACUGGAAACCCUACAGAGAUCCUGACUUAGCAAUGAGAGAUGCCAACAAAAACCUUGCUCAAGAGGACUGGGAGAUCAAAUGUAGUGGUAUCAACACGGUACGGAGACUGGCCAAGUAUCACCCAGAAGUCAUCAAUCAACAACUACACAGUGUUGUCAUUGCAAUGUUAAAUGAAGUGAAAAAUUUGCGAUCACAAGUGUCCCGGUCAGCCAUUGUAUGUAUAGCAGAUUUGUAUGCAUACCUGAGAAAAGGCUUGGAUUCUGAAGUUGAUAUUACUGCCAAAGUUCUUCUCGCCAAAAAUGGAGAGAGUAAUGGAUUCAUUCGAGAAGAUGUGGAGAAAGCCUUGGCAACUAUGGUGGAGUCUAUUACCCCUCAGAGGUCCCUUCUGGCUCUGAUAGCGGGAGGUGCCACGCAUAAAAAUCCUCAAGUUCGAAAGACAACAUCCUACUUUGUUGUUGAUCUUGUGGACAAAAUGGGUCCAGGACGUAUUCUGAGUGGAGUGAAAGACAUCACAGACAGAGUGUUACCGACUGCCGCUAGUUUCUGUUUAGAUGGGUCACAAGAAACAAGAUACAAUGGAAGAAAAAUUUUCUCUAUCCUUAUGGUGCACCAAGACUUUGACAAAAUGCUUUCAAAGCAUCUACCUCCUCAGACUCUGCGCAAUGUAACAGAAAUUGUUGAUACUUUGAGAACAAAGGGUUUGGGAGACCUUCCUGGUGAAUCAUCAUCUGCUAGAGGGGGAAGGUCACAUCCUAGUAGUCGCAACAGUUCCAUGAUCCGCGGAGGGUCUGCAAACAGUGAGAACCAGCAUGCUUCUCCUAAGAAAUUGGUGAGGACAGACGAAGCUACCCAGGAGGAGGUGAAACAGAUGACCUCUCUGAUAGCUGCAAAUGAUUGGCGUGAUCGCUACAAGGGUAUCACACGACUCCUCGAGAUGUGCGACACCCAUGCUGAAGUUGUAUCUGCCAACAUGGUGAAGAUCUUUGACAAGUUUUUGCCUCGUCUUCAGGAUCCAAACAGUAAAGUCAAUCUAUAUGCACUUCAAGUGUUUCUUCAGAUCAUUCCCUUUUUAUCGGACUCUUUAUCAGUGGUAUUGAACAUCGCUGUGGGCAAUGUGGCUCCGAAUCUCUCCUCCCGCAACAAGGAAAUAUAUGGAACAGCAAUGGAUGUUAUUGAUGCACUUGUGGAUAAUAUAGAUGGUGGACUUCUGAUUCAGCCUCUUGCAAACCAAGCGCAAUCUGCCAGUGCCAGGAGCAAACCUGAUUUGGUGGAGAAAGUGGCGGAACUUGUUUUAAAGGUUUAUCAACGCAAACACAAGCAGGUCAUCCUGCAUGUGCUGCCACUGGUGUGGCACUUACUGGGUGCAACCCACAGCAGUGGAGCCAUUCAAGGUGGAAGUUCCAGUAUCAGGUCUGCUACCGGUUCCCUUGUCAAUGCCCUUUACUCGCACAUGGGUAAUAGCCUUCUAGAAAAGGCCACCUCCGAUCCUAAUGUCACCCCUCGUCAUCUUCAACUACUUCAGGAUCUGAUUGAGAGAUGAUUCAACCUCAGACUGUCCCAUAGACAUCUAACCUAAUUUGAUGAAAGACAUUUUACAUGCUUGGUCAACAUAUUUCUCUAUCUUGACGGAAGACUUUUUUUAUUGAUGUGAUUAGAAAAUGAAUUAUUUCCAUUCAACCCGACAGAUUUGUCAGAUAUACCAUUGUGACAAAGUGUCAUACAAUUUUCAGCUGAUCAGUAGGCUCAAAAUUGAGCCUCUAUCAAAUAAUUUUGUUACAUCAAAACAAUUCAUUCCUAUUAUUGUCUUAUAUCUGUGAUAAAAUGUGAUAUGAUAUACAGUCGAAUCUGUCCAAGCGACCAUCUCUUCUUAUUGACCAUUUCUAUUCCCCCCGAAGGAUAUUUGUUACACAUUUUAUCUCGAUAAAGUGACCCUCUCUCUUUACGCAACCAGCGACUGCAUAUUUUCUUCCUGUGAUAACAAUAACUCAUUAAUAAGUGACCAGAAGUCUCCAAAAUGCCUUCCAUUACCAUUUUUGCCUUGAUAACACUAAAGUACAAAGCAGCUUUCCUUUUUUUUUUUUUUUUUUUUUUUGUGAAAAAA